AUGAUAGAAAACACUUAUACUAUUGUAAUAAAGCUAGGUACCUCGUCCUUGGUGGACGAGGUAACAAGGGAGCCUCGUAUUGCCAACAUGUCACGUAUUGUGGAGACAGUUGUCAAUCUUCGUCGUCAAGGACAUCGUAUUGUGGUCGUAUCAUCAGGAGCCAUUGCGUUUGGAAUGAAAAGAACUGGGAUACUGAGUAAGCCAAGUAAACUUGCGGAAGUUCAAGCUUUGGCUUCAAUAGGGCAAGGAAGGCUAAUAGGAUUAUUUGACGAUCUUUUCAGACAAUUAAACCAACCCAUAGCACAGAUUCUCAUUACGAGAAACGAUAUAAUGGAUUUUACUCAAUACAAGAAUGCUACCAACACCAUACAUGCUUUGUUAGAAAUGGGAGUUAUUCCAAUAGUUAAUGAGAAUGAUACUUUAUCGGUAGCAGAAAUCAAGUUUGGUGAUAACGAUACACUCUCUGCUAUUACUGCUGGAAUGUUGCAUGCAGAUUAUCUCUUUUUAAUGACAGAUGUCAAAUGUCUAUACGAGGAAAACCCCAGAGUCAAUCCACAGGCAAAACCAGUAUUAGUUGUAGAAAAAAUUGACGAGCUUUCAGUUCAAACUACGGAUAGUGGAGCAGGCUCAGAUGUUGGUACGGGAGGCAUGACAACAAAAUUGAUAGCAGCAGACCUUGCCACUAAUGCCGGCGUUACGACAAUAAUAACAGAAUCUUCAGAACCGCACUAUAUACUAUCUAUCGUGAGCAAUAUUCAAUCUACUAGCAACAAAGAUCUCACCAUAGAGGAACAGAAUAAAUACUUGGCUCAAGAAAUUGCUGCUAAUAAGAUUCCUUUGCACACUAGAUUCUUGGGAUUACCUCGAGAUGCAAAAAUUAAAUCUGACAAGCAAUUUUGGUUGUUGCAUGGGAUCAAGACAAAAGGCACAAUAUUAAUUGACCAAGGAUGCUUUGAAGCCCUUACCAGAAAAAAUAGAGCUGGAUUAUUACCAGCAGGGAUAGUGGAUGUGGAAGGAACCUUCCAUGAAAAUGAAUGUGUAUCGAUAAAGGUUCUCCCAAACAGGUCUUCCCCAAGAUCUGAGGCCAUGGAAAUUGGCCAUUGUAGAGUAAACUACAGCUCAUUAGAACUCCAAAAAAUCAAAGGGUUGCAAAGUAGCCAAAUAGAGGAAGUACUAGGGUACGCAGACAGUGAAUACGCAGCUCAUAGAGAUAACCUAGCAUUUCCACCGGCUUUACCACCUGUGGCUCUUGAUUCUUGA